GAUUUUUCCAAAUGGAGAAGGCGAUAGAGAUGACUGUUCAUUACCCUUCAUUCCAUUGCAUAGGCUGAGCCGCUGAUGCAAUGAAGAAUCCGUAACCAUACGUCAGUGAGAGGCAAGUCAUGUGAACGAACCAUUACGAGGGGCGUAGACUUGGCAAGAGGAAGCUUUGGCCCCUUCUCUAUUUAUUUAAAACUCCUUAAACCCACCUUCGUCGAAGAUACCAUAACCGACCAAAAAGGACCCCUGACUCUCUGCAACUGAAGCACUCCUUCUCUCUCUCUCUCUCUCUCUCUUUCCUCUUCUGUGCGCUCUAGCUAAUUCCAUGGAAUCGAAGAUACUCUCUACCGGAGUCCGGCCAUCGAGAUUGCCGCAGAAUUAUGUCAGACCGGAUUCUGAGAGACCUAGGCUUUCUGAGGUGAGCGACUGCGAAAACGUUCCGGUGAUCGAUUUGGGCAGUGUGGGCAAGGGACAAAUAAGCCGAGAAAUCGGGUCUGCAUGCCGUUCUUAUGGCUUCUUCCAGGUGAUCAACCACGGAGUGUCUUUGGAGUUAACGGAGAAAAUGCAACAGAUGGCACAAGACUUCUUCGACCUACCGUUGGAUGAGAAGUUGAAAUAUUAUUCGGAUGAUCCAACGAAGACGCUGAGGCUGUCCACAAGUUUUAAUGUGAAGAAAGAGACUGUUCACAACUGGAGAGACUAUCUUCGACUCCAUUGCUAUCCUUUGGAAAACUACGUCCACGAGUGGCCUGAUCAUCCUUCUUCUUUCAAGGAAGUGGUGAGCACUUACUGCCGAGAAGUUCGAAAGCUUGGGUUCAGAUUACUCGAAGAAAUAUCAGAGAGUUUAGGGUUGGAAAGGGAUUAUAUGGAGAAGGUGUUGGGUGAACAAGGGCAGCACAUGGCCAUAAACUAUUACCCACCAUGUCCAGAACCGGAGCUGACAUACGGGUUGCCGGGCCAUACUGACCCGAAUGCCCUUACCGUCCUCCUUCAAGAUCAACGAGUGGCGGGCUUACAAGUAUUAAAAGACGGGAAAUGGAUGGCCGUCAAUCCCUACCCAAACGCUUUCGUCAUUAACAUCGGUGAUCAAUUACAGGCACUGAGUAAUGGACGAUACAAGAGUGUGUGGCAUCGAGCUACUGUGAACACAGAGAAUGUAAGGAUUUCAGUGGCGUCGUUCCUGUGCCCUGAAAAUUGUGCGGUGAUUGAGCCGGCAAAAGAAGUGGCCGACGAUGGAUCCCAAGUCCCAGCAAUGUACAGGACCUUUACCUAUGCGGAGUACUACAAGAAGUUUUGGAGCAGGAAUUUGGACCAAGAACAUUGCCUUGAGCUUUUCAAGAAAUGAAAAACAAGGUGUGAAUUAUUCUAGAGUUAUUAAAAUUUAAAAAACUCUUUUCUUCUAGCCCUUGUGAGCAUUGUUGGCAAAUCGGGUUCUGACUAGGAAAACUAAGUCAAGUUUGGUCAAAAUAUUAGAAACUUGAUCAAGAGUCAUUGGGACUCGUCCUGUAUUAAAAAGUGAAAAGAUUGGGAACAAAUCAUCCUGAGUCAUUUAGGACUCAUUUAUUUUGCUCGAGUCACAACAAAAUGGUCGAUUCUUGUCAAAAGUUUAAGUAAGUAUUUCUAAAUAGUUUUGAAUUAAAAUAUAUUUUAAUGAUGUUAAAUGUUCAA